ACUCCCACUGCUCGCUGCCACAGUGCCACACCCUUGCUGUCGGAACUCCCGAACAAGCGAAAGCAGAAGAGAGGUUUUAUCUUUUUUUUUUUUCUCUUUCCAAAAGAAAAAAGAAGAAAAACACACGGCCAAUCUUCCAUUUCUAAUUUCUGGCCUCUUCAUCUCCUUCGCACAUUUUCUGGUAUCACUUGUUCAUUCCCAGCUCUGAAAAAACCAAAGAAACAUGGUGGUAUCUAAGUCCAAGUAUGAGGAAAUCCGUCAAAAGAGGCUGGAAGAAAACAAGAAAAGAAUGGAAGAGCUUAACUUGAAAAAGCUUGCUGUUGAUCUCCGUACGACCAGUCCUAAGACUUCUCCAGCGAAGCAGGUGAAACCAAGGCUUCCUCGAUCAUCAACAGAGUUGGUACCAGUGAGGAGGUCCUCUCGUUUCGCAGACAAGACCCCUGUUAGCUAUAAGGAGGUCGCACCUGAACCUUUGGAGAGACCCAGAAGGAGCUACAGUUACCAGCGGAGAGAUCUGUUGAAUCGGAUCUAUGCUUCUGAUGAAGUCAGGGCAUAUGCAAUAGAUAGAGCAGAACAGGUUCAAUCAGGUUUAGAAGCUGAUUUCCCCAGUUUUGUGAAACCCAUGACUCAGUCGCAUGUAACUGGAGGAUUUUGGCUGGGUUUGCCAGUUCAGUUCUGCAAAGAUCAUCUUCCUUCUCGUGAUGAAUAUAUUACUUUGGUUGAUGAGAAUGGAGAUGCAUCUGAAACAAAAUACCUUGCUCAGAAAACUGGUCUUAGUGCUGGGUGGAGAGGGUUUGCUAUAGAUCAUAAACUGGUUGAUGGAGAUGCACUAGUGUUCCAGCUAGUCAGCCCUAGGGAAUUUAAGGUGUACAUUAUAAGGGCGUACGAGUCAGAAGACAAUGAAGAUAAGGAAAAUGACAAAGAGAACAAUGAAGAACCUGGCCAGGAUGUAGAUGUCACACCCUUGAAUAGAAGUGCCAAACGAACCAGAGCAAGCAGGAACUAGUCAUUGGCAACAACUUUUAUUAUUUGUGCACAGAAGCUGUGAUAGACGAUCAAGUCUUGUUUUGGCUUGAAUAGUUGUUGUAUUCAAGGCAUUUAACUUAUUUCUGCUAUGUUGUAUUUUCUUAUUAAUAGUUGUUUUAUUUAGUGUUUUUUCAAUGUACACUAUCGCCAUCAUAAAUUUAUGGUCUUAAUGGUUUAGAGAAGUCAAAUCUUUUCCUCUUUCAA